GAUUCGCUAUCAUAUUUUCUGCGAAGCAAACAGGUUAUGUUAAGUAUGAGUUUUUCGAUUACCUAUCAUAGAGUUUCUGUUAGUGUGCAAGUUCAGUAACACAAUUUUACGAUAGAAAAACUUCACAAUUGUGUUGAAACAUUGAAAUGAUUUGACUAUAACAGUCAAACUUUGGUUUUAUUGUGCUGUGCUGAAUAGUUGAGAAUAAAAAAGUUGGAUAAAAAAUACGUCGAUAUGCCGGAAAUUAAAGUAACACCCUUGGGCGCUGGACAAGAUGUUGGUCGAAGUUGUAUUCUUGUGUCAAUGGGAGGAAAAAACAUCAUGUUAGAUUGUGGCAUGCAUAUGGGUUUCAAUGAUGAAAGAAGAUUUCCUGAUUUUUCUUACAUCACAUCUGAGGGAUCAGCUACCAAUUUUUUAGACUGUGUUAUAAUUUCACAUUUUCAUUUGGAUCAUUGUGGGGCCCUUCCAUUUUUUACAGAAAUGGUAGGAUAUUCUGGACCCAUUUAUAUGACUCAUCCAACAAAGGCAAUAGCACCAAUUCUCUUAGAAGACAUGAGAAAAGUUGCUGUUGAACGAAAAGGAGAAAGUAAUUUUUUCACCUCUCAAAUGAUCAAAGAUUGUAUGAAAAAAGUCAUUCCUGUAACGUUACAUCAAUCUGUAAUGGUUGAUGCUGAUUUAGAAAUAAAAGCAUAUUAUGCAGGACAUGUUCUUGGAGCUUCCAUGUUUCAUGUACGUGUUGGAUCUCAAUCAAUAGUGUACACUGGUGAUUAUAAUAUGACUCCAGAUAGACACUUAGGUGCAGCUUGGAUAGAUAAAUGUAGACCUGAUUUGUUAAUUUCUGAAUCUACUUACGCCACUACUAUAAGAGAUUCAAAACGCUGUCGUGAAAGGGAUUUUCUGAAAAAAGUCCAUGAUUGCGUAGAUAAAGGAGGCAAAGUACUAAUCCCUGUGUUUGCUCUUGGACGUGCUCAAGAAUUAUGUAUUUUACUUGAAACUUAUUGGGAACGAAUGAACUUGAAAGUACCAGUAUACUUUGCUCUUGGUCUUACAGAAAAAGCUAACAAUUAUUAUAAAAUGUUCAUAACAUGGACAAAUCAAAAAAUUAAAAAAACUUUUGUUCAAAGAAAUAUGUUUGAUUUCAAACAUAUUAAACCAUUUGAUAAAUCAUACAUUGAUAAUGCUGGAGCAAUGGUAGUUUUUGCUACACCUGGUAUGUUACAUGCUGGUUUAUCCCUACAAAUUUUCAAGAAAUGGGCUCCUCAAGAAGGAAAUAUGGUUAUUAUGCCUGGUUUUUGCGUUCAAGGAACUAUAGGUCAUAAAAUAUUAAAUGGUGCUAAACGAAUUGAGUUUGAAAACAGACAAGUUGUUGAAGUAAAAAUGUCUGUUGAAUAUAUGUCAUUUUCUGCUCAUGCUGAUGCUAAAGGUAUAAUGCAAUUAAUCCAAUACUGUGAUCCUAAAAAUGUAAUGCUUGUUCAUGGAGAAUAUGCAAAAAUGGAAUAUUUGAAGGAUAAAAUUAAAAAAGAAUUUGGCAUCAAUUGUUACAAUCCUGCGAAUGGAGAAACAAGUUUUAUUAAUACCUCAUCAAAAGUACCAGUUGAUGCAUCAUUAGCUUUGUUAAAAUCUGAAAACAAGGAGUAUUCCUUGUUGCCACCAGACCCAAAAAGGAGACGACUCAUUAACACUGUUCUUAUAAGUCGAGAAGAUGGAGUCUGUCUUACAGAUUCUAAUGAAGCUGAAGAAGCUGCAUCAAUAAACAAACAUACAGUGAGAUUUACAUCAACCAUUUACAUAAGAGAUGCUGGAACAGUUGAAUCUACAGCUCAAAAAUUGUUGCAACCUCUUCAGGAUAAAUUAAAAGAUUGGGAAAUAAAGCUACUUGAUGGAUCAACAAUCGGCGUUGAAACAGUUUUAGUGAAAGUCCAAGCAGAUCCAGGAGAAGAAAUCAAUAAAAAAAUUUACGUUUCGUGGACUAAUGAUGACGAAGAAAUUGGAAGUUACAUUCUUGGAUACUUGCAAAAUUUACUCUCCUAAUUUUAGGAGAAAUUUCAAAUAUUUUUGUUUGUAAAUUGUAUUAUAAAAAUUAUUUUUUCAUUCCGACGUGUAUAGUAAAAUUGCUUGCCUUCAGCAAUAUUAUAAAAAACGUUGUUAAACUUCACGUGAACAGUGAUUUUACGUUCUGCAUUUUUAAACUGAAAAAUUUGCAAAUCACUUUUCGUACGUGAACAUCCAUAGCUUUAUUUUUACUGCUUUUUGUAUGAUACGGAAUGAAG